UCUUAGCAGGAAUCGGUGGAGCUCCGAGUCUCAUAAUGGCUUGUGCGACGAGUUUAUUACCCUCAAGUGCGCGGUACCUAGUUUCUCGACGGCGUCCAGUCCAAGCGCUGUCGGUUCUCCAGCAGAUAUUUGCCAUCAAUUACUCGAAACAUGCGGAUAAUUUUCCUCAGUGCGGCAAUCUAGAUGGAGAUGGGACCGCCGAACUGGAUGACGACGCUGAUGAAGAGACUAAUAGCACUUUAGUUAUUAUAAAACGUCACUUUUCCAAGACUUGGAAACGAAUUGUCCUCAUCUGUUCACCAAAAUUUAUGAGAAAUACCCUACUACUACUUAUAAUUCGUUUACUGCUGUUUCCGGGAUUCAUUUGGAUGACACUGUGGAGCACCCAUCUCACCCACGUAGGCAAAAACAGGGAAAAUACCACCUUGACAUUGGCUAAACAUUGCGUAACUGACACCGGGGAUAUUGUUAUGAGCUUUCUUCAUAAUUGUCACGUAGCCAACUAUUCAUUCUUCGAGUACUCGAUUAUUUUAUCAUCGGGAUAUGCUUUAGGGGAAUGUCUAUUGGUGCUUGGAGCUGAUGUCAUCGGAAGAAAACUGUCCAUUAUUACUUCGGCUCUCAUUGGAGGAACAUCGAUUCUCGCCAUGAUUUUUCUAUCUCACAACAGCACAACUGUCCUAUCGAUAUCUUUUCUCGCCUCGUACUCUGUUAUGCAUACAAUUACAACAAUUUUACUGCUCGAGAAUUAUCCAACAUGUGUGCGAGGAACGAUGACAGGUCUAACCGGAGUACUGCCCCACCUCGCCUCAUUCUUCAUAAAGUUCCUUAUCCACAUCCCAUGUCCAAAUACUCUCUACAUAGUAUCCAGUCUUUUAAUAGGGGCUGUGAUACCAGCUUUGCUUAUACCAGACUUGACCAACGCCCCAAUGCAACAGUAAAAUCGAUGCCUGCAAGCUGUUAUCCAUCAUCAAGGAGGAGCUAUUAUUCAUUCUUUAAACCAUUCUUUAGCUCGAAAUGCUAAAUAAUCAUAUGUGUAAUAUAUUUCAAUUUGAGCUAAUACAAUAAAUUUUAA